CUGACGCUCCGCCUUUGCAUCCCCCACUGAGCCCUUAGUAGCUGGCGUUGGCCCUCAGUGGGGAAGCAGGCUUUUUCCCUUCGGAGGCCAGGGGUCCCGCAGCCUCUAUCCUACCUGGCCUGGCCUGGCGCUGCCCAGCGCGUCCGUGCCUCCGUCAUGGAUCUGAAUUUAAACCGAGCGGAUUAUUUACAGGUGGGAGUGACCUCUCAGAAGACUAUGAAGCUACUUCCUGCUUCAAGAUAUAGAGCCACACAAAAGGUGGUUGUUGGAGAUCAUGAUGGAGUAGUUAUGUGCUUUGGCAUGAAGAAGGGAGAAGCAGUGACAGUCUUCAAGACUUUACCUGGGCAGAAGAUUGCCAGAUUGGAACUAGGAGGGGUUCUUAACACGCCCCAGGAGAAAAUUUUUAUUGCUGCAGGAUCUGAAAUUAGAGGCUUCACAAAGAGAGGAAAACAGUUUCUCUCUUUUGAAACAAACCUCACUGAAAGCAUUAAAGCUAUGCACAUAUCUGGCUCAGACCUUUUUCUCAGUGCAAGUUAUAUCUAUAACCAUUAUUGUGACUGCAAAGACCAACAUUAUUACCUUUCUGGAGACAAAAUCAACGACGUCAUCUGCCUUCCAGUGGAAAGAGUACUUCGUGAUGUACCGGUGUUGGCCUGCCAGGACAGAGUACUCAGAGUUUUACAGGGAUCUGAUGUGAUGUAUGAAAUUGAAGUUCCUGGCCCACCUACUGUUUUAGCCCUACACAAUGGAAAUGGCGGUGACUCUGGAGAAGACCUUUUGUUUGGAACGUCAGAUGGAAAACUUGGGCUUAUUCAGAUCACUACAUCCAAACCAAUACACAAGUGGGAAAUUCGAAAUGAGAAAAAGAGGGGAGGUAUUUUGUGUAUUGACAGCUUUGACAUUGUGGGUGAUGGGGUUAAAGAUUUACUUGUUGGAAGAGAUGAUGGAAUGGUGGAAGUGUAUAGUUUUGAUAAUGCAAAUGAGCCUGUUCUACGAUUUGAUCAGACGUUGUCUGAGAGUGUCACAUCUAUCCAGGGUGGUUGUGUAGGGAAAGAUGGCUAUGAUGAAAUCGUGGUAUCCACAUAUUCAGGCUGGGUUACAGGUCUGACAACAGAGCCUAUUCAUAAGGAAAGUGGACCAGGAGAAGAACUAAAAAUUAAUCAGGAGAUGCAGAAUAAAAUUUCUUCGUUACGGAGUGAGUUGGAACAUCUGCAAUAUAAGGUACUACAGGAAAGAGAGAAAUAUCAACAGUCUUCUCAAUCAAGCAAAGCAAAAUCAGCAGUACCUUCAUUUAGUGUAAAUGACAAGUUUACAUUAAAUAAAGAUGAUGCCAGCUACAGCCUUAUCUUAGAGGUUCAGACGGCGAUAGAUAAUGUCUUAAUACAAAGUGAUGUUCCAAUAGAUUUACUAGAUGUGGAUAAAAAUUCUGCUGUUGUCAGCUUUAGCAGCUGUGAUUCUGAGUCAAAUGACAACUUUCUUCUCGCCACUUAUCGGUGCCAGGCAAAUACCACGAGGCUGGAACUCAAGAUUCGCUCAAUUGAAGGCCAGUAUGGCACACUUCAAGCAUAUGUGACUCCAAGAAUUCAACCCAAAACAUGUCAGGUCCGCCAGUACCUUAUCAAACCCCUUUCACUCCAUCAAAGAACUCACUUUAUUGAUCAUGACAGACCCAUGAAUACACUGACUUUGACAGGCCAGUUCAGUUUUGCUGAACUUCACUCCUGGGUGGUUUUUUGCCUGCCUGAAGUUCCUGAAAAACCUCCAGCAGGAGAAUGUGUGACAUUUUACUUUCAGAACACCUUCCUGGAUACACAACUUGAAAGUACCUACAGAAAAGGUGAAGGAGUUUUUAAAUCUGACAACAUUUCUACUAUAUCCAUCCUAAAAGAUGUGCUCUCUAAAGAAGCUACAAAAAGGAAAAUUAACCUCAACAUAUUAUAUGAGAUAAAUGAAGUAUCAGUCAAACACACAUUAAAGCUAAUCCACCCAAAGCUGGAGUACCAGUUGCUUUUGGCUAAGAAAGUGCAAUUAAUUGAUGCUUUAAAAGAAUUGCAGGUUCAUGAGGGAAACACAAACUUUCUGAUACCAGAAUAUCGCUGUAUCCUAGAAGAGGCAGAUCACCUACAGGAAGAAUACAAAAAGCAACCUGCACAUCUUGAAAGACUCUAUGGCAUGAUCACCGAUCUUUUCAUAGAUAAGUUCAAAUUCAAAGGCACCAAUGUAAAAACCAAAGUGCCUCUUUUACUGGAGAUUCUGGACAGUUAUGACCAAAAUGCAUUGAUUGCUUUCUUUGAUGCUGCAUGAAAUAUAAAUAAGAUAGGAAAAUUGAGAAUUGGAGACACUGAAUAACUUGAACAAGACCACCAGGCCAGUAUGUGGCCGGAUCAGAUUUUAGACCUUGAGAAACUAGUCAGUCAAGCUAACUGGAGGUCCUAGGGCAGAAGGCCGGGG